CGCCGCCAGCCGGGCUGCAUUGUGAGCUGGUGGGAUGGGGCGGCUGGCCGGAGGCGGGGGGCUGGCCAUCGCACCGGUGCAUUUUUCUUCUGGACGCAAGGAGAACUUACUCCCAAGAAAUCCGCAUGUUUGAGGCUCCCCCUGUGCCAUGGAAUCCUGGCCUCUGUUGGCCUGGAUCUUCCUCCUUUGUCUGCUUGCCAACCACCUGAAAGUAAUGCAAGCCAGAGAUUUUACAGUGAAAGACAUUGUCUACCUUCACCCUUCAACCACUCCAUAUCCUGGUGGAUUCAAAUGUUUCACUUGUGAAAAAGCCAUAGACAACUAUGAAUGCAACCAGUGGGCUCCAGAUAUCUACUGCCCCAAAGACACAAGAUACUGUUAUACAGAACACAUGCUGGAAGCCGGUGGAAAGAGCAUAUCUGUUACAAAGCGCUGUGUGCGUCUGGAGCAUUGUCUAUCUACUGGAUGCCUCGAUUUCCCAGAUGGGCUUAAGAUCUGUACUUCUUGCUGCGAAGGAAACAUCUGCAACUUGCCAUUGCCCAGAAAUGCAAGUGAUGCUGUAUUUGCCACAAUAACCCCUAUAAAUCGCACACAAAGACAUCAGGAAAACACACCAGUGAUUAUGUCAUUUCUCCUGUUGGUCUUUGUUCCAUGGGUGUCCUAGGAUAAGUUGCUGGUUAUGCAGCAAGGAUGAAAAUAUUUAUGCAUAAAUAUUUGAUCUUAAUUUAUAUUUCAAAUCUUACUUUUUAAGUCUCAUUCUAAAAUUUACUUCUUGACUUUGUUUUAGCCUUGAAUAGUUCAAAAGCCAUACUUUCUGAUCUGUGUGUUUUAAAAGUGGGGGAAGUUUGUUGUCUGUUAGUUCUUUGAAUGGAGGCUGAGGGAUAGGACAGCCAGCAACAUCCUCUGCUGCCCAGUCCUGAUUGGCUGAGCUACUCUCCUCAGCUCCCACCCAUCAAGCCUUGCGCCAUAUUCAAAUGAUGUGGACUGAGCCAAACUGAUCCAUGGCUAAAGGCCGUGAACCUCACUUCUUUGAAGGUCAUAUAUAGAAUGAUAUGGUCUCUCUGAUAUUCUAUCCAAAGGGAGUGUUUUAAUGUACUUCUUUUUUGUAUGAGAAAAGAAAUAAUAUCUCUGCUAGAUGGAGUCCAUCACUGGUAGUUUUUGUAAGCGUUUAUAAUAAAAAAUAAUUUUCCAGAAAUCUCUUGUUGAUAAAUGGAGGCACUUUUAAAAUGGAUUUUAAUGAACUAAUAGAUUAAUUUGCUAAUCAACCAAGGCCUCAGGUCUGUGCCUGCUUAUCCCUCCUAGGUUGGAUGGAAGUUUCUGCCUGAGAAAACAUACUUAGAAUUAGAAAUGUAAUAUUUUUGGAAAUUCUGAAGCCAAGUGAAAAAUUUCAUCUGUUUUUUGGAGCUGGGGGAUGGAAACGCUGAAAAAUAUGCAAUACUUUCUUAUCAAAGAACCUUAUUUUACUUCUUUAACAAGAAAAAUGCAUCAUUUAUAACUUAAUUAACAUUUAAAAUUGUAGGCAUAUUUAUGGAUUUUAAUAUAUAGUGCUUUAGUUUUCUACAAACAAAAUUACAACUAUACCCACCAGUUGAGAAGGAACAGCUGCACCCCAUGGGAAACAAAGGAAAAGGAAGUAUAUUACUUGAGGAUAAGUACACUUCCUGUGUUUUCUCCUGCUUUACUGUGAUCUUUUCCAAACCAGCUUUGGUACCAUCUUUUGGGAAAGAUCACAAAGUGCCUUUGCACAUUGUGUGGACAAGAAGGUUUGCAUUUUUGCAGGACUUGCCGACAUCUACACCAUUGUCCUUACUUUGGGCCCCCGCAACUGUCGUUUCCACCCCUCUUGCAUCACCAGAGGGCUUUUUCAGGUUUUAAAAAUUGGUAAUUGACUUGGCACUGUUGCAUUAAGCUAUAAAGGUAUGUCAGUUACUAAUUUUGUUACUAUGGUGAUGGGUCAGUUACUGGUCUAAAUGACCCUCAAAAGCCCUGGUGGUGUUGGCGAUGAGGAAGUGAUGGCUGCAAGGUGCCAGAUCAAGGAAAGUGCAGGGAAAACUGCAGUGUGGACAAUGUGUUGCUGCGGCAGGUUCCUCUGCAUUAGCAGCAGCAGUGGAAGGAACACAGAAAAUCGUUGCUGUUUGGGUGUAGCCACAUUCUCAUAUGAUCACAGGAUCACAAACAUAUAUUUGGAUAUAAAGAUAAAUUUUAACAUUGAAAACACUGACCUGUUUAAUAAUUUAUUAUCACCACACAGUAGCAUAUUAAUUGUUGCCAAAAGUAACUGAAUUUAAACAAACAUCCUUGGAAAAUAUGUUGUGUAUGUCUGUGGUUUCUAUAGGAAUCAUUAUAAUCUAAUACUGUAGAUGAAAACUUCUCUGCUACUUAUUUUGAGUGAGAAAAACUUGUCUUAAAAAGUAUUUCAAUCAUUCCAAAAGAGAAUAUUUCAUAGGAGCUUUUUCAGUGUCGCACCCCUUCUUUUAAUUCUUCUGUUAGAACAAUGAAACAAAAGUGUCCACCCUCCUCCCCCAAUGUGGGCCUUUAUGUCUCUAUGUAAGACUGUGCUGAACAUGUUACAGCCAUACUUAUGAAGGGCAAACAGAGGCUUUCCCAAUAAUUCAGUAUCUAGGAUAGUUCUGUAUGCCCAUCUCCAUCUGCUAUGCAGAGCUUCCUCUUUUGGAGUAUUUGAUUACCGUGAUUUUCAUAGGACUAUUCGGAAACAAACACAAAGAAGAUUUUGAUUUAAUUAGAACUUUGACAGGAGACAAACUUCAGCAACAAAAUGCCAAAAUUAUAAAUUUUCUUUUACUGGCACUGGUGAUACUUUGUCACACAAUACGGCCUUUAAGACUAACCAACUUUAUUGUAGCAUAAGAUUUUGAGAGCCACAGCUCUCUUCAUCAGAUGAAAGCUGUGGCUCUCCAAAACUUAUGCUACAAUAAAGUUGGUUAGUCUUAAAGGUGCUACUGGACUCUUUACUAUUUUGCUACUACAGACUAACAUGGCUAACUCCUCUGGAUCGAUGACAAUAUGGCCUAUUUUACUUGUAGAUCACAAUAUUUAUUUUUGUAUGAUAAGAUGGAUAAUGGAUUGUAAAAUUUUCCUUUCUUAAUAGUAGCAUCACCUGUAGUUGCUUUAGUCCCUAUGACAUGUAAAAUAUAUUUUGUGAUAAAUGGCCUUCCAUUUUUUAGGGUUUUUUUUAAACAGUGGUGCAAAAUAAAAUAAAACAAAUACAUCGAUAUGGUUAAGGUGAACUCAGAGAUGUGUCACUGGCUGAUUUUCACAUAAAAAAUUUGGUGAAACUUUAUAUGAUGUACAGGCAUGUAAUCAUACUUUAUAAUGAUUUUAUUAGUUGUUUUUGGCCAGCAUCAUGAUGAUUUUUAUCAGUGUUUUAAGCUACCGUCAUUCAGUGAGGAACUUGGCACUUUAUCAAGUUACAGCAUAGAUUCAUGUGUGUGUGUUUAUGAAUGUGAGUCAGAAGGAAAGGCAGACAAGAAUUACAUUCUAAUAAUGAAGAAACCAUUGCUAAUGCCAAAUGCUUGAUAAUUCUCUGUCUCAAGCAAAUCUUCCAUCCUCUUGCUGCUUACAAUCAUAUCCUAACACUUUUAAAUCAGUCCCAGCUACUUCAUAUGGCAUCAUUGGCAGUCGCACUAAUUAAAAUACAAGAAGCAAAAACUUGUGGCGUUCCUUCUAUGGAUGAAUGAAUAUUCCAUACUUCAUUUCUAUUUUUGUCAAGAUUUCAGUUCUCCACUUUUCUGUUUUUCUACAUUCAUUUGUAUCCCAUAUGCGUGUUGUAUGAUUUAUAUACAUAGUGCUGACCUGACGAUGUUGAAAAAUGCAUACACUUUGGGGGGAGGAGUUUGGUACAAGGAAACAAACAUGCAAAAAUAAAGAGUCUUGGGUUCAGUUUCCACAUUGUAAUGCUGUACAUCCAAUACACAGGAUAUGUCAGUAGCUUGAUAGAGCCCUUUCUUUCCUCCUCCUCUUGGGAAACUGGGAGAAAGGGGGAAUGUUAACCGGCAACUUAAGAUCCAUGAACCCACUUCAUUCCUCACAUGUAAAUGGCUAAAAACACUGCCCCCUCCUCCUGCUACAGCCUACUGAAUCCCCUAAAAUUCUGCUUCCGUGUCAAGGGACACAGAAACAGUGCAGGGGACAAAGUGAAGACCUGCAGCACGAGGAGGGGGAAAUGGUUAGAAAUCACCAACCUAGCAUCUCAGCACCGUGACUGUGAAGGGUAUUGAAGUCCAUGUUUCACUACCAUCAGUUUUUGGUCAGCUGGUGCUGUCCUGAGAAUAGGGUGAAAUGUGAUUAUCUGUGGUAAUGUUACAGUGGUGUCAUGAAAAAUUUGUCAUGGGGAUGCCGAUCAAUUGAUCCCCAUGCAAUGCUUGUUAAUGUGUAGACCAGCCCUAAGAAAAUGUCUGUUCUUUACAAAGAGGUGCAUGUUGCGUUGUGAAUUCUCUGUAACGCUGCUGGGUUUGUUGUCGUUUGCAUGAUCUGGUUGUAUGUAACAUCCCUGAUCUCCCUCCUGUUCCAACUUCAUUUAAUGUUGCUUGUUUACAAGCCAGAGAGCUUGAAUUGUCCUGUUUGUGGCCAUUAAUGCAACAUGUCAGCCGGGGAAGUGGUGUAAUGCUUUGCAAGAGUCGAAUUGUAACAGGUUUCUAAAAGUAAGCUCCUAAUUUGAAAAUUUACCCUCAAAGCAUGACAAUGUUCUGAACAUCAUUUUGUCAUUGUAGUUUUUUUCAAGACCAUGGAUACUGAUUUUGUGCCCCAUUUCAUUCCCUAAAUGGACACGCAGUAAGGUUAUUGGAAACCAAAUUUAUGCAAUUCUCUGUCUCACUGUUCUCUGUCUAUGCUAUGUAUUUCUCUGUCAGUGUAUUCCUGUGUAAA